ACAACUAGUUGAUAAUUUCAGUUUGCAAAUAUUUCAGUAGUGAUUGUUGGUAACCGUUCAUAACUUUUAUUUCAGUGCUGUAAAAGCAUAGACAUGUUUUUCAUAGCAAUAUUGAUUACAGUUGUAUCACUAGUACUUUAUUUGGCGAAGCAAAUGCAAAAACCUCCGAAUUUUCCUCCAGGACCUGUUUGGUUACCUUUCGUUGGAAGUCUGUAUGAACUGAAAAGAUUAUCUAAACUUUUGGGAGGUCAGCACCACGCUUUACAAGCAUUAGCGCAGAAAUAUAAAACGGAUGUAUUGGGAUUGAAAUUAGGAAAUGAACAUGUGGUUACUGUCUUUUCGUACCCUUUCGUUAGAGAAGUGUUAACGAAUGAUGUAUACGAUGGAAGACCUGACAAUUUCUUCUUGAAAUUACGCUGUUUGGGAAAAAAGAACGGUAUCACCUGCACUGAAGGCGAGACUUGGAGCAGUCAAAGAAAUUUCGUAAAUCGUCAUUUAAGAAACCUGGGCUUCGGUAAAAAACCAAUGGAAGUAAUGAUACGUGAUGAAAUUGCUGAAGUUUUGAGUAUUUUGCAGUCCAAUGGAUGUAAUGUUUCUGUUGAUAAAUUUUUAGCACCUAGUAUUUUGAACGUUAUAUGGGUGCUAAUAACAGGUGAACGAAUUCCGAGAGAAGACAGUCUUUUGAAAGAGUUGUUAGAUUUGUUUCAUAUUAGAUCGCGAGCGUUUGAUAUGACCGGUGGAACACUUUCCCAGUAUCCGUGGUUGAGACAUAUUGUGCCCGAAUGGAGCGGUUACAAUUUAAUACAAAAAGUAAACACUAAUAUGAAAGACUUUUUCAUGAAAAUUAUUCGCGAGCAUCAACAAACUUGGGAAGAAGGGAAAAAUGAGGAUUUGAUAUAUCGGUAUAUUUCCGAAAUGCAACUGAACAAUAAAAAUGGCGAAGAUUUUAACGAGGAUCAAUUAGUAAUGAUUUGUUUAGAUUUAUUUAUUGCGGGUGCUCAAACUACUAGUGGAACCCUAGAUUUUGCCUUUCUUUUGAUGGUGAUGUAUCCCGAUGUGCAAAAAAGAGUUCAAGAGGAAAUUGAUAAAUAUUUUGGAAAAAAUUGGGUCAUUGAAUAUGCAGACAGACAUAAGGCUCCAUACGUGGAAGCAGUGUUAUUAGAAGUGAUGAGAUUUCGCCACGUACUUCCAAUUAUUGGACCACGACGAGUAAUGCAUGACACAGUUCUAGGCGAAUACGUUCUACCAAAAGAUACUACAAUUUUAAUAAGCUUGUAUUCCGUUCACAAUUCUUCAAAAUAUUGGAAAAAUUCAGAGAGCUUCAUGCCAGAAAGGUUUUUAGAUGAGAAUGGCUCAUUGAUUGCAAACGAAAAACUUAUACCAUUUGGACUAGGGCGCAGACGUUGCCUUGGAGAAAUUUUGGCUAAAACUGCAAUUUUUAUGUUUUUUGUUGAGAUCUUGAGGAAAUAUACGGUCACUCUUUCUCCUGAUUCAGAAGCACCUACCGCAAGAUGUUUACCUGGAAUCACUUUAUCACCUGUACAUUACUCUGCCAAAUUUGUAGAAAGAUCUUAAAGCAAAUUUUACAGAACGUUUAACUGAAUUUUAGUUUUAUAUAGGUUUAAGUAGCCACGGGAUAGUUAUUAUCAUGAGAUUUAUCAUUUUUUCCAAAUAAUGCGAUUAAGCAAUAAUUUAAAAUAGCAGUAGGUAUAGGUUUUUUAAGUAAUCUUAUCUGAUUUGUCUCAUAAACAGAAGAGAUGUUCUAAAAGACUCGUUGGCCCACGAGGUUACUUAUUCUAUAACUAUGAUAGAAGUAUGUAUAAUAGACUCCAGUUUUUAAUAAAUGUUACAUUAUGUGUAUAA